AUGACCCCAGCUAAGGUUGCUGCCAAUGAAGGCAGAGUUACUCAUAACGAUAUCAAAACCCGCGUCAUCAAAACUCGCGUUACCAAAACCCGUAUUAUUGAGGAGUCAGAUAAUCCUAUCUAUCCCCAGAAGAACGCUAAGCCCAGGAAUUCACUUACUUCUAAUGGCACCCUGCAAUUAAAACAUCGGCCUGCAGACAAGAUUUGGAAAUCUAUCCCAAAGUUACCAGGAGCUACUGGUAACGACCAGCAGUGUAUCACCAAUGAGCUUGAGCAGCACACGAUUUCUAAAACUCUUGUGCUAUACCCUGUUGUGCUCGCAGAUGUCCUUACUGUUACUAUAUGCUCUUUAUCUAGGACGAAUAAUACUAUGGUCGUCAUGGGCAACAGUGCAAUCAUUCGGAAGCAUAUCAAACACGUACACUGUGGUCUGAAUGUUUCUUUUCCUAGGGUUGGACUUUAUGUUGCAUCUGAGAAGGAGUCGCAAAGAUGGUUCGCUUUCUGCCCUGAGGUUACUGGUGAUGAGGGCACUGAUGAUGACGAUGAGGAUACUAGUGACGGGGACAAUUAG